AUGUUAUUUAUACUAUUCAUUUUGUUGCCCAAUUUAUUUUCGGUUUUAUUUGGACGAUUUAUUGAUCGUAAUGAAGCCAAUGAUUAUGAAAAGAAUUGGAUAAAGAAAUCGAAUGGAAAUAUAUUCCCGACUGAAGCACUGUAUCGCUCACCGGAACUCGAAUAUAUUAAAUAUGAAAAAGAACAGAAUGUGAAAAGUAGAGAUUAUGAUAUCUUACGUCGGAUGAUACCCGGUAUAAUGCUAGGAAAUUGGAUUGAGCCACUAGUCUUAACGAUUACUGAUCCAGAUGAACAGGCCGUUUAUUUGCCAAUGACGGUGUGGGACAAAAAUGAAAAUGAUAACGACAUUCAACAAAAUGAAUCAAUGUUCGAAAGGGACAUCGUAUCGACGACUACUAAGUCUACGAUUCAGUUAUUCGAACACGCAGCUACAACAAAAAAUGAUUUGCCAAACGACGGAGAACUGGAAAAAGCUCCAAAAUUGAGUAAUGAAUUAGAACAGCAAUCUAGCAUGAGCAGGAUGUUCGAAGAACUGAAUAUAACGGAAGUUUAUGAAGAACCUUUUGUCCGAGUUUAUGUGAAGCCGCUCUGCGAAGGAUCUAUCUGCUAA